AACACCUCCACCACCAACAUGGGCAAGAUCAUUCUUUUCGAGGAGAGAAACCUCAUGGGUCGUUCUGUCGAGUGCAUGAGCGACUGCCCUGAGCUGACCUCCAACCUGAGCAGGUGCAUGUCCUGCAGGGUGGAGAGCGGUUGCUUCAUGAUCUACGAGCGCUCCAAUUUCAUGGGGAACCAGCAUCUGCUGACCAGGGGUGAGGUCUCUGACAUCACCAGUCUGAUCGGAAUGAGCAGCGGCGUGAAGUCCUGCCGUCUGAUCCCCAUGCACAGAGGACAGUUCCGGAUGAGGAUCUACGAGAGGGAGAACCUCAGCGGACAGAUGAACGAGCUGAUGGAUGAUGUGGAGAACAUCCAGGAGCAGCUCCGUAUGAGUGACUGCCAGUCCUGCCAGGUGCUGGAGGGUCACUGGCUGCUGUUCGAGCAGCCCCACUUCAGAGGCAGGAUGAUCUACGUGAAGCCCGGGGAGCACAGAAGCAUCAGGGAGAUGGGAAUGAACAGCAUGAAGAUCAUGAGCAUGAGGCGUAUCACUGACAUGUGCAUGUAA